UCCAACUUCUGCUCCUGCGGGAGACAAGGGAACCAAACACCCCUAUAAUGUCUAGAUUUUCGGAUUUUCCCUGACUCAGGAGUGAGGACCAUUGAUCGGGUGUUUCCCAUUUUCUCAAGCAGCAGAGACGCGUCCAUAGAUGGGAAGCUCGAGCACUAUCAUCCCCAAUUUCAAUCUCAACCCUUCCGGCUGCUUUAAAUGCCUGAAUUCUAGAUUCUUAAUUCAAAGAAUUCUUUUACAACCGCCCCAAACAAAACCCAUAUCUGCCUUCUCGAGCACAAACAGAUUCGGCAGAACAGUUUGCUCUGCUGUUGAAGACGCCACGGAGAAACGACAAGGAGCAGGCGGUGUAAUCACCAAUGGAUUCGUCUCAGAUAGUGAAGACAAGCUCUAUACCUCAAAAGAAAAUAAACUGACCAAUAAAGAAUCAGAUGACAGGGAAGGAAACACUCUCUAUGAUUUUCUUUAUCCCAGUAAAGAACUUCUGCCAGAUGACAAAGAAAUGAGUAUCUUUGAUCAUUUAGAGGAGUUGCGUCAAAGAAUAUUUGUGUCUGUUUUGGCUGUUGGGGCCGCUAUGGUUGGAUGUUUUGCUAUCUCUAAAGAACUCAUAUUGUUUCUUGAAGCCCCCGUUAGUGAACAAGGUGUUCGAUUUUUACAACUUGGCCCUGGCGAGUUUUUCUUCACUACUCUAAAGGUUUCAGGAUAUUGUGGUCUUCUCUUAGGGAGCCCUGUACUUCUCUAUGAGAUCAUAGCGUUUGUUCUUCCAGGUUUAACGAAAGCAGAGAGAAGAUUCCUCGGACCCAUUGUGCUAGGAUCAUCUGUUCUUUUCUAUGCCGGAAUUGUCUUUUCAUAUUAUGUCCUCACCCCCGCAGCCUUAAAUUUCUUUGUUAAUUAUGCUGAAGGGGUCGUGGAAUCGAUAUGGUCCAUCGAUCAAUACUUUGAGUUUGUGCUUGUGCUCAUGUUCAGCACUGGGUUAUCUUUCCAGGUUCCAGUUGUACAGCUUCUUCUGGGGCAAACCGGUCUAGUUUCUGGAGAUCAAAUGUUGUCUGUUUGGCGGUACGUCAUUGUGGGGGCUGUGGUUGCAGCUGCUGUGCUCACUCCGUCUACGGACCCACUCACCCAAGUUUUGUUAGCGGGCCCCCUGUUGGGUCUCUACUUGGGUGGAGCAUGGGUGGUAAAGCUUUCUGGGAAAUAGAUGGACAUAAGGACCAGAAGAAAACAUGUUUCUAAUAGCCAAAAGAUUCACAGACCCAGAUGUGUGAUGGCAUAGGGAAGCUGGGAUUGAUGAUCCAUAGAAAGUAUAUCGAAACAUAUAUAGGUAGCUUUUCAUUUACUCAAUUAUUAUCACUAUAUUAUUUUCAUGAUCUUUUUCUUUCAUUUUUUAAAAUGGUGUACCCCAAACCAUGGGGCUUUAUCUGCGUCGAGGUGAUUGAGAAGCAUGUAAAUUUUAAGAUAAUGGCUUAGGAAGGGUGUCUCUACACUUUUUGCAACAAAGGGGUCUUCUUCAGUUCUUCUGCUUGCCUUGGUAGGGUUUGAACCCCCAUCCUGAAUCUCAAAGCAAUGGUGAGACUUCACCCCCUUUGUCUUCCACUUGAGCUAUGUUCUGAGGAAUAACCAUCAGUGUCAUUAAAACUGGUAUGACUUCCUAGAACCAUUAGUCUUUAUUGUGUCAAGGCCCUAGGGUCAGAAACUAUCAAGAAGCGGAGUUAGUUGGUAUUGGUAUCCAGUUUUAAACAAUAGAGAUUUUCGUUCGGAACUGGUAUUGGUAUCCAGUUUUAAACAAUUGGUUCCCUCCCCUCUAAAAAAUCACUGAAAAUUUGGUUCUAUACUGGACCGAAACUCAAAACGACCCAAAAUAAUCAACAAUCGGCAGUUUUGAGUAUUAGGUAUGGGGGGCCAGCCUGGCCAGGAAUCAAGCAAACUCGAAUCGUACCGUGUCCUCUAAAUCCAUGGUGACUUCUUUAUUACGAGGUGUGUGUAAUUGUAGUUAAACUGUGAAAUUGUGUUGUAAGAUGCUCCACAUCUGUACGUCUGUAAUUCUGUGUUAUAACAAUAUACUACGGAGUAGUAUUAUACCCGUGCGAUGCACGGAAAAAAUGAAAAUAAUAAUUAUUCGGUUGUUAAAUUAUUACGAUGAUAUGAUGUAACUGAAUCGCACUGAAUACAUAUGAAAACUGUAUGUUGUGAAAAAACUUCCUUUUAUAUUACAUUUGUG